UUUCACUAUUAACUUUAUACUUGCAUCAUAUACUUUUGCUUUAUGGGAGAGGAUUGAAAACAAAUUUUAAGCUAAAAUUCUCUAUAUGUGCUUAAUUGUUGUCUUAACAUGCAGUUUUUUCUCUGCUCAAUUCUGUUCAUUUGGGUUCUUUUCUUUUAUAUCUUUGCUAGCUUUCUUUGUUCAUUGCAAUUGAGUAUGAUCUUCUCGUUUGGCCUCUCUUCUUCCAAAAUGUCAGAUCUUGAGGCUCCCCUUCGUCCUAAGAGGAAGAAAAAUGUGAUGGACUUUCUUGUCCAAUUCAGAUGGGUCGUUGUUAUCUUCGUUGUCCUUCCUCUUUCUUUCCUAUAUUAUUUCUCCAUAUAUCUUGGGGAUGUUAGAUCUGAGUGCAAAUCAUUUAAGCAGCGCCAGAAGGAGCAUGACGAAAAUGUUAAAAAGGUUGUGAAGCGUCUUAAGGAGAGGAAUGCAUCUAAGGAUGGUCUUGUCUGCACAGCUAGAAAGCCUUGGGUUGCUGUUGGAAUGAGAAAUGUGGACUAUAAGCGUGCUCGUCAUUUUGAAGUUGAUCUUUCUCCAUUUAGAAAUGUUCUUGACAUUGACAAGGAGCGAAUGAUUGCUAGAGUUGAGCCUCUAGUAAAUAUGGGCCAAAUCUCUAGAGUUACUGUCCCUAUGAAUCUCUCCCUCGCAGUUGUUGCUGAGCUUGAUGAUCUAACUGUUGGUGGUCUGAUCAACGGCUAUGGGAUUGAAGGAAGUUCUCACAUUUAUGGACUGUUCUCAGACACUGUUGUGUCAUAUGAAGUUAUUCUAGCAGACGGACAGGUAGUUAGAGCUACAAAGGACAAUGAAUAUUCCGAUCUUUUUUAUGCUAUACCAUGGUCUCAAGGAACUCUGGGGCUUCUUGUUUCAGCUGAGAUCAAGCUCAUUCCGGUCAAGGAAUACAUGAAACUUACUUACAAACCUGUAGUUGGUAAUCUGAAAGAGAUUGCACAGGCUUACAUAGAUUCUUUUUCACCCAGAGAUGGGGAUCAGGAUAAUCCUGCUAAGGUUCCAGACUUUGUAGAAACCAUGGUGUACUCUCCCACAGAAGCUGUUUGCAUGACUGGUAGAUACGCUUCAAAAGCAGAGGCCAAGCAGAAGGGCAAUGUAAUCAACAACGUCGGUUGGUGGUUCAAAACCUGGUUUUACCAGCAUGCCCAAACUGCACUAAAGAGGGGGGAAUUCGUAGAGUACAUUCCAACGAGGGAAUACUACCACAGGCACACAAGAUGCUUGUAUUGGGAAGGGAAACUUAUCCUUCCAUUCGGUGAUCAGUGGUGGUUUAGAUUUUUGUUUGGAUGGAUCAUGCCACCCAAGGUUUCACUACUUAAAGCCACUCAAGGUGAAUACAUUAGGAACUAUUACCAUGAAAACCAUGUUAUUCAGGAUAUGCUUGUUCCACUUUACAAGGUUGGAGAUGCUCUUGAGUGGGUCAACCAUGAAAUGGAGGUGUAUCCCAUCUGGCUCUGUCCCCACCGACUCUACAGGCUACCUCUUAAAACCAUGGUGUAUCCUGAACCAGGGUUUGAGCUGCACCGCAGGCAGGGGGACACACAAUAUGCUCAAAUGUACACCGACGUUGGUGUCUACUAUGCUCCUGGACCUAUUUUGAGGGGUGAGGUCUUUGAUGGUAUAGAGGCAGUCCGUAAGAUGGAGAGUUGGUUGAUUGAAAACCAUGGAUUCCAGCCACAAUAUGCUGUCUCCGAGCUGACGGAGAAGAACUUCUGGAGGAUGUUUGAUGGAGGCCUGUAUGAGCACUGCAGAAGAAAGUACAGAGCCAUCGGAACCUUCAUGAGUGUGUACUAUAAGUCUAAGAAAGGAAAGAAGACUGAGAAGGAGGUGCAGGAUGCUGAGCAAGAGACAGCUGAACUUGAGACCCCAGAAGUUGAUGAACCUGCAGAUUAAUCAUAGACUAGUGUUCAUGGCUUCUUUGCCUUAAUUUCUCAUUUAUGUAGUUGUGAUUGUCUGAAUUCUGUUAGUUUCCUUUGUCUGUUUGUUGUGGUAGCUUUGAACAUUUUCCCGCCUUGAUCGUUUUUUCUUUUAACCAGCUGGACUGGAUUAGUUCGAUGAUA